GAGCGCCAAGUAUUUCCCUGCCAUAGUUUUUCGCCUGUAACAUUAGAGCUCUAAUUCACCUCCAUUUCAGAAGUAAUGGGUGGAGGCAACAGUCAAAAAGCCAAGAUGACUCGUGAGAAGAAGAUAGACAAGAUGAAAGGCGCAAAAGGAAGCCAACUUGACGCGAACAAGAAGGCCAUGUAUAUCCAGUGCAAGGUGUGCAUGCAGACAAUUAUCUGCACAACGUCAGAGGUGAAGUGCAAGGAACAUGCCGAGUCCAAACAUCCAAAAUCUGACCUCGCUACCUGUUUCCCUCAUCUAAAAAAAUAGAAUAAGGUGUCGAACAUGUGUUGUAGAAAAUGUUACUAUCACUAGUCACAAAGUGUCAGAUCCAAGCAAGAUGUAAAAUUGUGUAUUUAUCUCACACAUAAAUAGGUCGGGCCAAAUUUUU